UUUUUGGAACGUAACUAUCGUGUUAUACGGGGGUUACCUGUACAUUGUUCAAUCAAAAUGGAUUAAAAGCUUGAAUAGUUAGGAUUUUUUUAACUUGGAUGAUUCUUUUUGAAACACCCUUUGUAUCAUUCCAGUAAAACUGUUUCAUCAUUAUUAUAAUUACUUAUGUAUAUAUUUAUUCUUUCAGAUUAAAUACUGAUAUAAUGCUUGGAAGAAAAAAUGGGAUGCAAACAUUGCUUGUACUUACUGGUAUUAGUGAUCUGAAAGAAGUUGAAAGUAGAAAAGAAGAAAAUUUACCAGAUAGUGAAUUAAUGAUUCCAGAUUAUUAUAUAGAAAGUUUAGGACAAGUUGGAAAAAUUUUAGAUAGUGGUUUUGUAUUGUUAAAUCCAUCUACCUUUUGGACGGAUUUAUUUGUGCGAUUUUUUUUACAUCAUGAAGAUGAUCAAAUCAGAGAUGAUUUACUAUUUUUUGUUCGAAAACAACCAAAAAGAUGUAAUACUAGAAUUAUUCCUCAAUUUGAGUUGUUGAUUGAAGUUUUUCGCAAAGACUCAAAAAAAUUACCCAUAGGAGAUGGUGAUAUUGAUUGGGAAGAAACAGUUUAUUUAAAUUUAAUUCUUCAGCAGCUGGAAUAUACAUUAACUUGUGCUAUUUGUACCAGAACAAGUUCAAAAGAUUUGCAAAUUUUGAAACGACAUUCUCAGAGAGUAUAUGCUUCACCUAGUAGAAGAAGUAUGGAUUGCAAAGGUGAAAUGGAAGAAAUAAGUUAUCCUAAUAUAUUUUUCAUGGUAGAUAAUUAUGAUGAGGCUAGUUUAUCUACUAGAGUUGCACAGCGUGUUUCAAUGGGAUGGUAUCAAGGACAGCAAAGAUUGGAAUUUGUCAGAAUGAGAGGACCUAAUGGAAAAGGUCAUGCAGAAAUGGCAGUAACAAAACCAAAAGGAUCUGGGGCUGAAACUCCUACUUCUGAGCCUGGAUUCUGUAUGACAGAAUUUGAGUGGGAAGAUUUAGAUGAGAAUCCAUACAUGCAAAGGAGAAUGUCUGAUCCUAGUUCUAAUCUUAAUAAUUUUGUUCGUGGUUGGAAAACAAGACAAGAAAUGAAAAAAUCUCAGUCAGAAAAUGAAGGUGUAGAUAGUUAUGCAAAUGGAAUCAAUGAAAUAGAAGCUGGCGAUAUAAGAGAUGGUAAAUUCUUUAAUUUUACAGAAUUUAAAACUAAUUUUUAUUAAGAUAUUGAUAGAAUAUUUUAAAA